CACCUGCUCUCUCUGCAGGACGACUUGUUCAGCUCCACAGACUGGAACCAAGCUGUGGCGUCUAAUGAGGACGAAGCCAUCGAGCUGACCAUGUACCGACAGAGCGGCUCCCGGGCCGCCGGGGCCCCCGUGUCGCUCUCUGCGGCUCAGGGGCCGACGGGGUCUCUUCCAGACGAGCUUGGGCCGGCGGAGAGAGGAGAGGCCCCUCCCCUCAGAGAAAUUUCUGCCAAGUUUGGUGAAAAUCACCGGUUCUGCAACAUCAAGUGUUAUGUAGAUGGACCGUAUGGGACUCCCACCAGACAGAUCUUUGCCUCUGAGCACGCCAUCUUGAUCGGCGCCGGUAUCGGCAUCACACCCUUCGCCUCCAUCCUGCAGAGCAUCAUGUACCGAUACCGACGCAGGAAGCAGAACUGUCCCAACUGUAACUACUCGUGGUGUGAAAACAUUAAGGACAGCGACAUGAAGCUACGCAAAGUCGACUUCAUCUGGAUCAACAGAGACCAGAAGUCGUUUGAAUGGUUUGUUAGUUUACUGACCAAACUGGAGAUGGACCAGGCCGACGAGGAGCCGGAAGGACGAUUCCUGGAGAUGCACAUGUACAUGACGUCAGCGCUCAGUAAGAAUGACAUGAAGGCCAUCGGCCUGCAGAUGGCGCUGGACCUCCUGGCUAAGAAGGAGAAGAGAGACUCCAUCACUGGGCUGAGGACCAGAACCCAACCUGGGAGACCUGAGUGGGGGAAGGUGUUUCAGAAAGUGUCCGAGGAGAACAAGGGGAAGGUCCACGUGUUUUACUGCGGCUCUCCGUCUCUGGCUAAAGUCAUCAAGGCUCAGUGUGAACACUUCAGCUUCAAGUUCUACAAGGAGAACUUCUGA